UUCAUUUUUUAACCAGUCCCAGAUGCGGCAGUGUGAGAGUGUGUGUGCAUGAGCGCGUCAGUGUGAGUUCGUCAGUGCAUGAGAAUUUGGGGAGAAUAUCUGCUGUCUAGAGAAGGGGAGGGAGAGAAGAACCGUGUGGAUUUUUUUUUUUUAAAUAUAACUUUUUUAAGUAUGAACGCAGAUACGUGCGUCUCAUACUGCGAUAUGACAUCGAUGGAUUCAUAUUAUAGCACGUCUACUGCGCAAGGUAGGGAUCACCAGGCGAACCCGUUCAGGACUUUCCCGACCACUGAAACCAAAUACAGCCCCACGUUCAUUCCGGGUAAAGGGCAGGCUUACGGAGAGAAGUCCCGGAGUCCUUUCCAGUCGGAGUGCCACUCAUUGGAUGGCGCUGAGGAGGGCACCUUCAGCAAGUAUCAGCUCUUCAUGCAGAGACCGACCUGCAAAACUCCGCCCGAAGACAGCAAGCUGCACCCGGACAGCGGACACAACGGGACGCUCAUUCCCUGCUAUGGUGUGGUUUCAGAAUCGCCGGCCAAGUGGAGAAAGAGGGAGCGUUUUGGUCAGAUGCAACAGGUCCGGACGCACUUCUCAACUGCUUACGAGCUGCCUCUACUGACUCGGCCUGAGAACUAUGCACAGAUCCAGAACCCUUCGUGGAUCGGGAGCAGCAGUGGAGCAUCUCCAGUGCCAGGCUGCGUCGUGCCUUGUGACUCUGUCCCCUCCUGCAUGCCCCCUCACCCCCAUGGUCCUGGAGGUGUCUCUGACUUCCUGGGCGUGCCCAGUCCAGGAAGCAGCCACAUGGGACAGACACAUAUGGGUAGCCUGUUUGGAGGUCCAGGGAUGGGCGGGGGAAUCAAUGGCUAUGAUCUCAAUGUUGAUCCAGACCGCAAGUCCUCCAGCAUAGCUGCACUGCGUAUGAAGGCCAAGGAACACAGUGCAGCCAUCUCCUGGGCUACAUGAUGUCCCAACCUAGUUCCACCCUGCCCCCAUAGGGCCCCCUUCUCUGGAGCAGCAAUCAGCAAGCGCUGUGGGGGAGGAGGGACUUUUCCUGAGAGCACUAAUGAUAACACAGGUCAAAUGAACAGGGAGAGACCGUGGAGAUAACAGAGGCCAUUACAGCGGCCAAAGCAACUAAGAUAACAACUGUGACUGUGACAAUCAGCAGAUGCUGAAAGUGAGAGAAAUACAGAAGGUGCGACUUAGAAGAUGUUACUUAGAUGUUGUGUUCAUUCUUGAUGCCUUGAUCUCUCAGGUCUCAAUAGCAUAUGGGGUUCAUUCCCCGAUAAACUGGGUAUGAUUCACAUUAGUGACAGGUUUCAGUAAAAUAAGCAAUAUACUAAACAAGGUUUAUGAAAUACCUUCACAGAAUACAGGAAUUCAAUGCUAAAUCCAGCCACAUCAUACAGUAUCUUCAUUUACAAAAUUAAGCUUGAUUCAUACUAUUUACUUCCUUAUUUGUUUUAAUACUACCCAUCCUGCCCCACUCACAUUGUUUGUCCAACUGCCACUUUAAACAAUUUUCCCAUAUUGUACAAAUGAGUUCAAAUACAUUUCUGAACAUUAAGUGUUUGUAUUUUAAAAGCCAUUUCAAAAGACAAGGCUACUCGAUGAGAGCAAGCUAAGACGCAUACAAGUCUUGAGAUUUUCUGUCACUUUCCAGGGCAAACGGUCUAUUAAGGCAAAAACAAAAAUUUGUUAUAAAAGAAAACAAUAGUUUUGUCCUAGUCUGCUGUAGGUAGUUUAUGUGCCUGCAAAGAAGGACAGAGGUUGAAUGUCUACAUAAUCUAAUGGAGCAAGAGCAUACAUGGCCUGUGCCAGUUUAGUAUGGGAGGAGGGCGAGCAUUGGAUUGGCAGCAAUUUCAAACCAACAUGUCAUUUCCUCCCCCAGGGCUGCCUCCACAGGUUUCCCCUGCUAGGCUCAGGCCUCAGGUUACAGGAAACAGUGUGUCCACUGGCAGACGAGGAGCAGCAAUGCACAGCAGCAGCCGUCAACACCAACUAACCACGCCAGCUUCAAUCAGCAACCAACAGGAAUAGACAUACUUAAUUAGCAUCAAAGUAAACCGUCCUGCCCUGCGAACACCGCAGUACAUCACAGGGUACAUGGUGAGGACAUGCUGCACACAAGCUGUAAUAA